AUGAGUCUUUUGGAUAUGGGCAAGGAGGUGAAAAAGGUAAAAGUUGUGACGGCAUGGAAUCAGGGUAUUGUGCUGAUUGUCUUGGGCUGCAAGGCGGUAACGAAUCUAGGCUUUCUUGGAUGGCAAUACAACACAAUUGGAGUAAGCGACGCAAUUACUAUGGGUCAUCAAGGGAUGCGGUUCUCUCUUCAAUCACGAGAAAUUAUCGCCGACUCGAUUGAAACCGUCACCUGUGCGCAAUACCACGAUGCCAACAUCACAAUUCCGGGCUGUGACAAGAAUAUGCCAGGAUGUAUCAUGGGCAUGACGAGGCAUGACCGCCCAUCCCUCAUGAUUUAUGGCGGUACUAUCAGCCAGGGAUAUUCGAAGACGUUGCGCAAGCAGGUAAAUAUCAACACUUGCUUCGAGGCGUAUGGGGCUUAUCGCUAUGAUACUCUGACACAGCCCCAAGAUGGUGGCGACAUGACAAAGACGAAGGACGAGAUCAUCACAGACUUGGAGCGACAUGCUUGUCCAGGUCCUGGCGCCUGCGGUGGCAUGUAUACAGCCAAUACUCUCGCAACAGCUAUUGAGAGUAUGGGGCUAACACUCCCAGGGUCCAGUUCAACCCCAGCAGUAGCUCCGGCAAAGAUGAGAGAAUGCUCCAAGGCCGCGUAUGCAAUUAAAACCUGUCUGGAGAAGAAUAUUCGACCAAGGCACCUGCUCACUAAACGAUCAUUUGAGAAUGCGUUGGUGAUGACGAUGGCGUUGGGCGGCAGUACAAAUGCAGUCCUUCAUCUCCUUGCAAUGGCGACAACUGCGAAUGUGGACUUAACCUUAGAUGACUUUCAACGCGUGUCGAAUAAGAUCCCAUUCAUUGCUGAUCUAGCCCCAAGCGGGAAGUACCUUAUGGCCGAUCUUUACGACAUUGGCGGGAUUCCGAGCAUACAUAAGUUUCUAAUAGCGGUUGGCCUGAUAGAUGGUGAGAUUCCUACUAUCACUGGAGUCUCCCUGGCGGAAAAUGUGAAAACCUGGCCAUCCUUACCGCUAGAUCAGGUUAUUAUUCGACCCCUCAAUAAUCCCAUAAAGUCGUCUGGACAUCUCCAGAUACUAAGGGGUAAUAUAGCACCUGAAGGCGCUGUAGCCAAGAUUACCGGCAAGGAGGGCUUGAAGUUUACUGGUCGAGCCAUGUGUUUCGAUAAAGAAGAUCUUUUGGAUCAGGCUCUCAACGAAGGAAAGAUCCCAUCUACGGAGAAUCUAGUCUUGGUAGUGCGAUACGAAGGGCCCAAGGGAGGCCCGGGCAUGCCUGAGCAGCUGAAAGCAUCGGCUGCUAUCGUUGGAGCUCAGCUGAAAAACAUUGCUCUCAUUACAGAUGGUAGAUACAGCGGCGCCAGCCACGGAUUCAUUGUGGGCCAUAUCUGUCCAGAAGCGGCCGUUGGAGGACCAAUAGCUUUAGUCCGUGACGGAGAUCUCGUCGUCAUCGAUGCCAUGACAAACACUAUCAGCAUGGAUGUGAGUGCUGAAGAGUUGCAGGAAAGGAAAAAGCAGUGGAAGAUGCCCAUAAAAUCAGUGACGCGAGGGACUUUGGCGAAAUAUGCUGCGUUGGUGGGCGACGCAAGCCAUGGAGCUGUCACUGACUUGUUUUAG